AGCCUCAACACUGGGCAAGAUGGCUGCGCUCGUAAAAGGCGUGGGGUGUGCAGUCACGCGGCCGUUGCUAUCUGUAGUUCAGAGAUGGGGUCUCGACGCGCGGCGUUGGGUCCGGGCGCUACGGCGGCGCCCUGUGAAAGUGCUGUUUCCAUCCGGAAAAAUGGAGGAACGGAAGCCUGGACCUAAGAAGCAAGCCUGGAAGGCGGCGGCUGACGCCAGUCCUGGAAAAUUGCCACCGAAGCAGUCGCUUCAGAUGACUCAGUCCCAGACUCCCAGCACCUGGGAAGAAUCGGGACUUCGCUACGAUAAAGCUUCACCCGGUGACAAAAGACUGAGCAGCGCAGUGACAAUAGUUAAGUCCAGAUCAUUUCGAGAAAAGCAAGGAAAGAUUCUCCUGGAGGGUCGCAGGCUGAUAGCUGAUGCGCUCAAGGCUGGUGCUGUGCCAAAAACUUUUUUCUUUAGUCGUCUGGAAUACAUAAAGGAGCUACCCUUUGACAAGCUGAAGGGUGUCAGCCUCAUUAAAGUGAAAUUUGAGGAUCUCAAGAAUUGGUCCGAUGUAGUAAAACCACAAGGAAUAAUGGGGAUUUUUGCCAGACCUGACCAUGUUAAGAUGAAAUACCCAGAGGUUCAGCUUCGCCAUUCAUUACCCUUAUUGCUGAUCUGUGACAAUCUCCGUGACCCUGGAAACCUUGGGACUAUUCUGAGAUCUGCUGCUGGGGUAGGCUGUAGCAAAGUGUUACUCACCAAAGGCUGUGUAGAUGCCUGGGAGCCCAAAGUGCUGCGGGCAGGUAUGGGUGCACAUUUCCAGGUGCCCAUCAUCAACAAUUUGGACUGGGAAUCAGUGGCCACCUACCUGCCCAAUGACACCCGGGUCUAUGUGGCUGACAACUGUGGCCUUUACGCCCAGUCCCAGAUGUCUUGUAAAGACAGUGACCAUAGUCGAGGAUCUGCCCGACAACGCAAGUAUAAGCAAGAGGAGGGUCUACAAACUGAAGCCAGUGAAGACUGGCUUCCUGAACUUGAAGUCCAGAGCUACGACUUGGACUGGACAGAAACACCAGCAGCCGUGGUGGUAGGUGGGGAGACGCAUGGAGUGAGCCUGGAGUCCCUGCAGUUGGCAGAGAGCACUGGGGGCAAGAGGCUGCUGAUUCCGGUCGUGCCUGGUGUGGAGAGCCUCAACUCCGCCAUGGCUGCGAGCAUCCUGCUUUUCGAAGGGAAGAGACAACUGCAGGCAAGGGUGGAACACUUCAGCAGGGGUAGGACUUACCACUGAGGAAGAGGUCAAGGAAGUCAGCCCUCGGGCUUGAGCUUGUGUCCUGCUCUUCCUACCGUUGUUAGAAGGCCGGCAGUCAGUGAUUGUGGUUUCCCAGACCAGAAUCAGGCGGCAGGCAUGUUGCCAGCAGGUUGUUAUUAGAAAAAUAUGAACUUCUGUGAAUUUCUGCUCAUCCUUAAAAAAAUAACAAAAGUCAGAAUUCUU